AUGGCAGGUGUCAAUAUUCGUAACAAGAUUGAUUUUGCACCUGGUGAAAACCAUAUCGCUAUACGGUACCCUAAUAAAUGUUAUUAUGUCCCAGAGAUAUUUCAUAUGGCGCCUACUGACGGUAAGAUUAUACCGCUAUUCAUAUCAGAUAUCAACAGAAGUAGGUCCAUACUUGAAGUUUAUGGGUCAAAAGGAUUUGAGAAGUACAUGAAUAAUUUCAUAAUGAUAAACAAUUAUCCGGUAAAGAAAGUUAAGAUUACCGGAAAGGUCAUAGGAGAAACAUACAAGGAUUACAGCGAAUGGGGUGAACGAAAUCCAAAGAAUUAUGUUCUUGUAGCCGUAGAUGAUUUUUCCAGUGACAGGAUGCUGAUUAUUGAAGUGAAGGUUAAAGAAGCUUUGUAUUUAUCGGCAGGGUUAGUAUUUAAUAGAUCAUAUGGAAAGAUCGUCGAGGCAGUGGGGGUUGUGAAUGAACUUAGUAACAAGAGAGAGCUACUAGUUGAUUACAUAAGUAUAAUUGGUAGUAAUGAUGAAUUGGAUCUUGAAAUUGAGUCUUGGAAGGAGAAGCUAGAAUUUAGAAACGCUGUAUUGUGUAGUCCGUGGAUAUAUGAGCCUCCUAAGUUGGAUCAGACGCCAAUGGCAUACUCAGAACCAAAAUUAUUAAGAAAGGAUUUUAAUCGGAAAAAAUUUAAAGAAGGUCUAGACAUUUUUGACGCUGAGAGUGCUGUGAGCCCCAGUAUUUUCAGAGAGGAUAGUAUACUUUUAAGACAUCGCCUGGAACCUUGCCAUGAUAUCAUAGAUUUAACUGAACCUAUAGAAGUAGAUGAAGUUCUUGAAGCCAAUAAAGGACCUGAGGCAAAUGAAGAGCUUGAAGUAAAUGAAGAUCCUGAAGUGAAUGAAUCUGAAGUUGAAGAGAUAGAUGACCCAUUGUUACCUGAUUCAGAAAUUCAGAUUUUGGAGGUGAAUCAAGUUCAUUCAUUAGACAAUGAAGCCGAAACCCCAGUUCAAGUAUUUGAGGAAUUUCAAUUGACAUUAGAAUUUAUCGUGUGGAUAUUGAAUCACGGUCAAUCGUCCUUUAAAUUAGCUGACAUUUAUAACAAUUCGAAAAUCAGGCGUUUACUCGAAAACUUAGCUAAUCUCAAGUUAGUAUCUAGACGACUUAAUUCGAAUGAGCAAUACAAUGUCAAGCAUACCAAACACGAAAUAUUCCACACCAUACGACACCUUUUGCAUAUCAAUUAUAGAUUAAUUGACGUUUCCCGAAAUCAAGAUGUACACCCGCGUAACCUUUUUCAGUUGACUGACCACUUGAGAUAUUGCUUAAAUGUACUCAAAUUGCAUAAAAUAAAUGAAGAUAAAACUACAGUAUUGAAUGUUGAAAGCUACAUGGGAAUUUUCAAGAUUCAUUCUAAUAACCUUAUUGGAGAUGUAGACUACAAAUUAAUUAAUGGCAUUAUUGAUUGGAUUCUCACUAACGAAUUUAAUGAAAGAAAAAAAUGGAAAUAUGAUUCCAAAGUCAUAGAAUGGUCUUAUAUAGAUUAG